AUGGCAGGACAACUGGGAGUGUUGAAUGCACUUGAUGUGGCCAAGACACAAUGGUACCACUUCACAGCAAUUGUGAUAGCAGGAAUGGGCUUCUUCACUGAUGCCUAUGACCUCUUCUGCAUUUCCCUCGUCACCAAGUUGUUAGGGAGACUAUACUACACACAACCAGGUGCACCAAAGCCAGGAACUCUUCCUCCAAAUGUUCAAGCUUCUGUCGUUGGUGUUGCACUUUGUGGUACCUUAGCUGGCCAACUAUUCUUUGGUUGGCUUGGUGACAAAAUGGGGAGAAAAAGAGUCUAUGGCCUCACUCUUGCGCUCAUGGUGGUGUGCUCCAUUGCCUCAGGACUCUCCUUUGGGUCAACUCCAAAGGGUGUCAUCGGCACACUUUGCUUCUUCAGGUUUUGGCUAGGGUUUGGGAUUGGUGGUGACUACCCUCUUUCUGCCACAAUCAUGUCUGAAUACGCCAACAAAAGAACUCGUGGGGCAUUCAUUUCGGCAGUCUUUGCCAUGCAAGGGUUUGGAAUCUUGGCUGGUGGAGUAGUGACUUUGGUUGUUUCCUAUUCAUAUGACCGAAAGUACAAGCUUCCCACUUAUGAACAAAAUCCACAAGCAUCUGUGGUGCCAUCAUUUGACUAUGUUUGGAGAAUAAUUUUGAUGUGUGGUGCAGUUCCAGCUGCACUCACCUACUACUGGCGCAUGAAAAUGCCUGAGACUGCACGUUACACAGCUCUUGUGGCUAAGAAUGCAAAACAAGCUGCAGCAGACAUGUCUAAAGUGUUGCAAGUGGAACUUGAAGCUGAAGAGGAGAAGUUGCAGAAACUGACACAGGAAGAGGGCCACAACUAUGGUUUGUUCAGCAAGCAAUUUGUCAAACGCCAUGGCCUGCAUUUGGUUGGAACCACCACCACUUGGUUCUUGCUGGACAUAGCAUACUAUAGCCAGAACCUUUUCCAAAAGGACAUCUUCAGUGCAAUUGGGUGGAUCCCUCCAGCACAGGAAAUGAAUGCAAUUCAUGAGGUAUACAAGAUUUCAAGAGCACAAACACUUAUAGCAUUGUGCAGUAUUGUGCCAGGUUACUGGUUCACAGUGUUAUUUAUUGAUUACAUAGGCCGUUUUGUCAUCCAAUUGAUGGGGUUCUUCUUCAUGACCGUGUUCAUGUUUGCUUUGGCUAUACCAUAUGAUCAUUGGACUAAGAAAGAAAACAGAAUUGGGUUUGUGGUGAUCUACUCUCUCACCUUUUUCUUCGCCAACUUUGGUCCUAAUGCCACCACAUUUGUUGUGCCAGCAGAGAUCUUUCCUGCAAGGUUAAGGUCAACUUGUCAUGGAAUCUCUGCAGCUUCUGGAAAGGCAGGUGCAAUUGUGGGAGCAUUUGGGUUCCUAUAUGCUGCACAAAGCAAGGACCCUUCCAAGACUGAUGCAGGGUACCCUACAGGGAUUGGGGUUAAGGACUCACUCAUUAUGCUUGGGGUUAUCAAUUUCUUUGGAAUAUUGUUCACCUUGCUGGUUCCAGAAUCAAAGGGGAAGUCACUGGAGGAGUUGAGUGGGGAGAAUGAUGAAGAUGGUGCUGCUGAGUCUGAAGUGUCUUCUAGGAUAGUUUCUGUUUGA